GUCGGAACGGUUACGAGUACAUGUGGCCACGUCAUGAGUUUGGACUUCCCGACCCAAUUCAACAACUGGGAGUGCGUCGAUCCCGUUGACCUCUACAAGGCUCCAACCAAGAAGAUAGAGUCGAACCCGAAGAUGCGUAUGAAUGACUUCCUUGCGUUUGAGGCGAAUGGUGCUGAUUAUUUAGUGCUGUGGCUAGAUUGUGACAAAGAAGGAGAGAAUAUCUGUUUUGAGGUUCGAAAUCUUUUAUUUGUUGUUCUUUUCUAUUUUGAAAACCUCGUUCGUCCAAAUCGCAAUGAGGCGCUUUCAGUGGACGCUCGUCAAGAGUUAGAUCUACGCAUUGGCUGUUCGUUCACCAGAUUCCAAACAAAGUACUUCCAGAACAAAUAUGGUGAUCUCGAUAGUACCGUCAUUUCCUAUGGACCGUGCCAAACACCUACGCUCGGGUUCUGUCCAGAGCCUUACUGGGUGCUACAGUGUAUGUUCGAAACCUCUGAUGGAACAUGUAUUCAUCCAAACUGGAAACGUGACCGACUUUUCGAUAGAGACAUCUGUCAGUUUUUCUUCGAUCGUGUGAAGAGUGCGGGGAGAGGUGUGGUAACUGAUCGAACGACCAAAGAAUCGCGUAAAGAUCGCCCUGUUGCCCUGAACACUGUUGAACUGAUGCGUGUUGCGAGCAAUGCAUUCGGCAUCAGUCCAUCCUCGACUAUGAGUAUUGCUGAGCAUUUAUAUACUCAAGGUUUCAUUUCUUAUCCACGAACUGAAACCACUUCCUAUCCGUCGAAUUUCGACCUAACAGGGACUCUCAGGCAGCAAGCAAACAACUCCAAAUGGGGAGAUGUAGUGAAGAAAGUAAGUUUAUUCUCUCCCUUCCUCUCUCAUAGGGAAUUUUAUAAGCUGGAUUGA